UCUGUGGCUCUGGCUCUGUGAUUUGUGAACAAAAAUGAAGUAUCCAGUCAAAUAAAAAACAAUCAAGAACUGAAUUGUUUUAGAAAUAAGUAAAUUAGGUUUAAACAUUUAUAAACUUUGAAUUGCGAAUCAUAAAAUAGAUUGUUCAAGAAAUCCUCUCCACACGUGUAUGUGAACGUGAGUGUAACAAUGAAGUAUUCUUGUGACUGAAUGAAAUACUAAUAUAGUGGAAUAUUUAGUGCGAUUGAGUUCUUAGCCGUAAUGAUGAAAAGUACAUUACCUAAAGAUAAACCUGGCAAAAUGAGGAUCAGAGCGUUUCCCAUGACUAUGGACUCGAAGUAUGUGGAGAAUAUAUGGAGUUUACUAAAAAAUGCAAUACAAGAAAUACAAAAGAAGAAUAAUUCCGGGCUUUCCUUUGAAGAACUAUAUAGAAAUGCAUAUACUAUGGUUCUCCACAAAUAUGGGGAAAGACUGUACACAGGUUUAAAAGAGGUUGUAACCCAACAUUUGGAAACAAAGGUGCGUGAAGAUGUUCUUAACUCUUUGCACAAUGGAUUCCUGCAAACACUAAAUAAUGCGUGGACGGACCACCAAACCAGCAUGGUGAUGAUACGUGACAUUCUUAUGUAUAUGGACCGAGUGUUUGUGCAACAAAAUGAUGUUGACAAUGUUUAUAACUUAGGGCUCAUUAUAUUUAGAGAUCAGGUAGUACGCUAUGGUUGCAUCCGCGAUCACCUGCGACAGUCGCUUCUGGAGUUAGUGGCGCGCGAGCGGCGCGGUGAGGUGGUUGAUAGGCUCGCCAUACGCAAUGUAUGCCAGAUGCUCAUGGUCCUCGGAAUCAACUCUCGAGCUGUCUACGAGGAGGACUUUGAGAAGCCUUUCUUGUUGCAGUCUGCUGAAUUUUAUAGGAUGGAAUCUCAAAAGUUCUUGGCGGAAAAUAGUGCUGCGGUUUACAUUGCACGUGUUGAGGCGCGUAUCAGUGAAGAGGCGGAGCGCGCACGGCACUACCUAGACGAAAGCACCGAACCGCGCGUCGUUGCGGUACUGGAGCACGAGCUUAUCGAGCGACACAUGAAGACCAUCGUUGAGAUGGAGAACUCUGGUGUGGUGCAUAUGCUGAUGCACACACGCACGGUGGAGCUUGCUUGCGUGUACAAGUUACUGUCGCGCGUCAGCGAGGGGCUGCGUACGGUGGCCGACGCGGUCUCCGCCAAUCUGCGCGAACAGGGCCGUGCGCUCGUCACAGACACGCACCACAACACCAACGCCAUUGCCUACGUGCAAAACCUCCUUGAUCUGAAAGAUAGAUUCGACCAUUUCCUGCACAACUCGUUCAACAACGACAAAAUAUUCAAACAAAUGAUUGCUUCCGAUUUCGAAUAUUUCCUCAACCUUAACAAUAAAUCACCCGAGUUUCUUUCAUUAUUUAUCGAUGGAAAACUGAAGAAAGGUGAAAAAGGAAUGAGUGAACAAGAAAUCGAGGCAGUCCUGGACAAGACAAUGGUUCUGUUCCGUUUCCUGCAGGAGAAGGAUGUAUUCGAGCGCUAUUACAAGCAGCACCUCGCUAAGCGCCUAUUGCUCAACAAAUCUGUCUCCGAUGAUAGUGAAAAGAACAUGAUUUCAAAACUUAAGACUGAAUGCGGUUGCCAGUUCACAUCGAAGCUUGAGGGCAUGUUCAAAGACAUGACAGUCUCUAACACCAUCAUGGAGGAGUUCAAGGAGCAUGUAAUUUCAUCAGGGACAAAUCUGCACGGUGUAGACCUAUCAGUGCGCGUGCUUACCACCGGCUUCUGGCCAACGCAGAGCGCCACGCCCAAAUGUAACAUCCCCAUUCCGCCACGAACCGCCUUCGAAGUCUUCAGAUCAUUCUAUCUAGCAAAACAUUCAGGGCGACAGCUGUCCUUACAGCCGCAACUAGGCAGUGCGGACUUGCACGCGACGUUCCGAGCGCAAGUAGCGACUGCCUCCCCUCCCCGCUCCCCGCCCGACGCCACCGCUGCCCCCGCGCCCGCGCCCCGCCGGCACAUCAUACAAGUGUCCACCUUCCAGAUGUGUGUGCUGCUACUCUUCAACAAGCGUGAGCGGUUUACGUACGAGGAAAUACUGAAUGAGACUGACAUCCCCGAGAAGGACUUAGUGCGCGCACUGCAGUCACUGGCCAUGGGCAAGCCCACGCAGCGAGUUCUCAUCAAGCAUCCCAAGACCAAGGAGAUUGAACCCUCGCACCAGUUUUACGUCAACGACGCAUUUACAUCAAAGUUACAUAGAGUUAAGAUCCAGACAGUAGCGGCAAAGGGCGAGUCGGAGCCGGAGCGACGCGAGACUCGCAACAAGGUGGACGAAGACCGCAAGCAUGAGAUAGAGGCCGCCAUCGUGCGCAUUAUGAAGGCCAGAAAGAAGAUGGCGCACACUUUACUGGUGGCGGAGGUCACCGAGCAAUUGCGCGCACGAUUCUUGCCGUCGCCCGUAAUCAUCAAAAAGCGCAUCGAAGGGCUGAUCGAGCGUGAAUACCUAGCGCGCACGCCCGACGACCGCAAGGUCUACACCUACGUCGCAUAGGCCAACUCAUCGAGAUCUUUGAAGUUUGAAUGCCAAGUUAAAGUGAUAGAAAUAACAAAAGUAUUUAAAUUAUUUCAAAAUAAAAAUUAUUAGUUAUUA